AUGACGGACGGAGAUGGCCUCCUCGCGGGCCUCUCGUCGCACCUGCUGCGAGCUGAGCUACUCCGGAGACAGGAAAAUGACCGACCGGUUUGCGGAACGAAGGGCGGCAAAGGCUCAUACAACACACCCCUUCAUGUCUUCGCCUUGGUCCUUAUACUCUCUCUGAGCACUGCAGCUUGCUCCUUCCCCAUCGUCGUCAGGCGCUUUCCUAGCAUACAUGUACCACACCAAUUCCUCUUCAUAUCACGGCACUUUGGCACAGGCGUCCUUAUAGCGACAGCCUUCGUUCACCUUCUCCCCACCGCCUUCGAGUCUCUCACCGACCCAUGCCUCCCUCACUUUUGGAACACAGGCUACCCGGCCAUGCCUGGCUUCAUAGCAAUGACGUCGGUCUUUGUCGUAGUCGGUAUUGAGAUGUUCUUCGCAUCGAAAGGAGCUGGUCACUCCCAUUCGACCGACUACGAGAGUCUUGGUCGCGAAGAUCACCAAGCACACACGCAUCCUGGCCACAAGAGGAGAAACAGCUAUGGACGCUACAGUUCCGGUUCGCGCAGGAUUCCUUCUAUCGUCUUGCACGACGUAGAGGCCUCUGAGAACUUGAUCGCAGGAAGAUCGCCUUCGUUCUCGCUUGCCUCUCCCAUGACGCCAGAUACGCCGAACAACCACGCAGCUCGCGAUAGUUUGGACGAUGGCGACGACUCUGAUCUCGAUAUCAGUCGAGAAGAGCUGGGCCCGCGAGGAUUUGACGAUUCUGAAGAUGGAGCUCGCCUACUUUCGCAACCCAAUGGUCGCAAAGAAGCGCAUGCUGCUCGUGAUGAUACCCUAGAAACCUCCGAGAAGACCGAGGCACAGAACAAAAAACAACUCCUGCAGUGUUUGCUGCUCGAGGCAGGUAUCUUAUUUCAUAGUGUCUUCAUUGGUAUGGCGUUGUCCGUGGCGACAGGGACAUCGUUCAUCGUAUUACUGGUGGCUAUCUCUUUUCAUCAGACAUUCGAGGGAUUUGCGCUUGGAUCACGCAUCAGCGCUAUUCGCUUCCCUGAAGGUUCUCCAAAGCCGUGGUUCAUGGCUCUGGCCUACGGAACCACCACGCCGAUUGGACAGGCCAUCGGACUGGCAAUUCACACUCUGUACGAUCCCGCCAGCGAAACUGGCUUACUGACCGUGGGCUUUAUGAACGCCAUCUCAAGCGGACUUCUCCUCUUCGCUGGUCUAGUGGAGCUCCUUGCAGAAGAUUUCUUGAGCGACGAGAGCUACGUCACAUUACAAGGGAAACGGCGGUUACAAGCAUGUGCCAGCGUUGUGGGUGGAGCGCUCUUGAUGGCAUUGGUCGGCGCAUGGGCAUAG